AUGUCGUCGGCACCCUCCACGGCGCUGCCCACCUUCUACUUCGCCGUCUUCGGCCUCUAUGAGCCCCUCCUCACAAUCCUUGGGUUCAUGGGUGCUGUCUUGGACCCGAAGACGACCCACGACCAACAGGCACCAUGGCCCGCGGGCGGGCCCCCAGUCGACAUGCCCCUAGCGACGCGUGUCACCAUCCUGCAGCUGGGACACGUCGCAGGCCUUCUCGGCCUUCUCAACUUCUUCGUACUCUCGGCAUGCCGAAAGUAUUUGUACUCGCAACCGGCGCUCCAAGAGAAGAUCGUCGGAGCGCUCCUCAAGCCGCUGCUCCUUGGUGACUUCCUACACAUUGGAAUCACCCUCUGGGCACUCGGAGACAGCAGAUGGGACGUUGCGAGCUGGGGAGGCAUCCUGUGGAUCACAGUGGUGACAGGCUUCAGCCUGAUGAUUCCGAGGAUUACAUGGCACCUGGGGAUCGGUCGUUAUGUCGACAAUAGAGACGGCUACCCUGCAAAGAAGCAUUGA